AAAGUGGGACGGGCCCAGAAAGCAGGGCAAGGAAGAGGAGGCUCCGAGAAGGCAGGGAUAGAGCAGUCGAAAAAGCCAGAGGCGCCGAUCUCCCGAAGCCACCGCUUUUCCCCCAGCCAGAACUGCGCGGCGCGUCCUCCAGGCAACCUCUCGCUUUCCAGCAGCGCGUCUAGAGCGAAAGUGACGCGCCGAGAGCAGGCAGGACUCAGGACGUUCCUCCUUGACCCUCCCUUUUGAAUGGGGUUUGUUGGGAACGUGAGACGGCUGUUUAUUUUCUUUGGACGCUCCCCCGCAUCUCUGCAACGACGCCAGCCUUGCGGGGGCGAAGCGAUUCCCCAGGAUGGCGCGGCCUUUGGGCUCUUGAGAAGGCAGCCUACCUUGAGCUCUCUUGGACUUCUUUCCAGGACCAAUUCUCUCGCCAGGAAUAAAAAUGCAGACGUCCACAAGCUCUGAGCAAGAUCCAGGGGAGAAAAUGGAGGGAGGAGGAGGAGAUGUUCUCCAUGAGGACUCUGCUGGAAAAAUUCCAUCCAAUGUGGAACCCCUGCAGAUUAAAGGAGAGCCAGUUCAGCAGUUGGGUUCGGAAGUUCCACGGCAUAAUAUCCAGAAAGGAACUCAUUCCAAAGAAAGUCAACCUCAGCUUCCUGGAUUCGAAGAGUGGAAUGACCAUAAUUCUUCUACCACAUUGUUAGAAGCCAUUUCCCAUGGCAACCCAGAGUAUAGAGAAAUAGUUGCAUCUGAAGUCCUGACAGACUUUAGUAGGAAAGCUCACGUCAUCCAAAGCUUGGGUUGUCCUCUGAAAGCUGGAGAGGAAGUAUUGGAGAAAGACAAGAUCGGUUUGGAGAGACUGUGGCAGCGAUUCAGGCAGUUUCGCUACGAAGAGGCUGAGGGCCCCCGAGAAGCGUUUGGACACCUCCAGGAUCUCGGCCAUCAAUGGAUGAAGCCAGAGAGUCACACAAAGGAGCAGAUUGUAGAGCUGGUGAUUCUGGAACAGUUUCUGGCCAUUCUGCCACCAGAGAUGCAAAACUGGGUUAGGGAAGACAACCCAGAGACCUCUCUCCAAGCGGUGGCCCUAGCAGAAGGUUUCUUGCUGUGGAAAGAAGCAUCUGAAAUGCAAGAAGAGCAGACCAAUUCCAUCAAAAUAAAACAGCCUUUGUUGGAAACAGGAAAAGAGGCAGCCGAGCAAAGGGCAGAUCCUCAGAGCCACUUGUUUGAAAUGGUUGAAAAGAAGAGGAAGAGAUGGCACCUGAUGGCACUUACUGGAGUUCCAUUUGAUAAAGCCAAACGAGAACUUUUCUCCUUGUCACCAAUGGGAAGCAGAACAAAAUGUCCUCAAGAGACAGAGAGGGAUGAAGGGAAGCCCUUAGAACAAGGAGGAGCAGAAAAAUAUACCUGUGAGAAAGAGGAUGACAAAAUCUUUCAUCAAAACAUCUGGAAAAGAGUGCCCAGAGAAGAUGCUCGUGAUCUUCCUAUGUACCAGAAAAUGAAAGCUGAAAAAUCGUCAUCCCAACAUAAUGAGGGUGGUGAAAGCUGGCAUUCCAUUUUUGAGCAGAACAAACAAAUGAGAAUAGAAUCGACCAUGGAUGGUCAGGAUGGGUUGCAUCAAAAGGUUCCUCAUGGUAAUCUGCAGAGGAUCCCUGUUGGAGAGAAACCGUACAGAUGUUCCGAAUGUGGGCACGAUUCCAAUCAGACCUUAGAGCUGAGGGGUGGAAGUCUUUGUACAUGUUUGAAUUGCAGUAAAAGCUUCCUUUGCAGUUCUUUGCAAGAGAACAUAUAUGGUGAAAAGAAUCCAUCCAAAAAUUCAGAAUGUGAGAAGAAGACUCCACAGUCUCCUGACCUUCGGACGGGUGAGAAACCGUACACGUGCACAGAUUGUGGGAAAAACUUCAGCUUUAGGUCAAGUUUUGUCCGCCAUCAAAGACUCCAUACCGGAGAGAAACCGUACAAAUGUUUAGACUGCGGGAAAAAUUUCAGCCAGAGUUCAAACCUUCUGAACCACCAGAGAACCCACACAGGGGAGAAACCUUACAGCUGCCCCGACUGCGGGAAAUCCUUCAGCAACAGUUCAAGCUUGACAUCCCACGAGAGAACUCACAGAGGGGAGAAACCGUACAAGUGUGCCAGUUGCGGGAAAUUUUUCAGUUGCAACUCAGUUCUCCGAAUCCAUGAGAGGAUUCACACAGGGGAAAAGCCCUACCUGUGUUUGGAGUGUGGGAAAAGCUUUAGCCGGAGAGAAUUCCUAGUCGGCCACCAAAGAACUCACACGGGGGAGAAACCGUACAAAUGCGCGGAAUGUGGGAAGAGCUUCAGUCAGCGGUCCAACCUGAUUAAUCAUCAGAGAAGCCACACAGGAGAGAAACCCUUUGGGUGCUUGGACUGUGGGAGAAAGUUCAGUCACAAAGCAUCCCUCUUGAAGCACGAGAGAAACCACGCACAUGGACCAACUGUGGGAAAGGAUUUAGCCAGGAUUGAUGCGAUCAUUAUGGUGGAACAUAACCAGGCGGUAUCGCAUCAAUAUGGGGCAGAUUCCCCCAAGGGUUGCCAACAAGCAAAAAGUCCACAUAGGAAUAGCACAAGUUUUUGUUAAGAACCAUCUUUCUUUGAAGCUAAUCAUCUUUUCGGCCUAGAAUAAAAUAGAAGGAGCAAUUCAUAGAGUUGAAGCCAUGAGGAAGAAAAUGUUGAUGGUAGGUCAAGCUUCUCCUUAGGUCAGGAGUGUCAAACUCAAGGCCUGGGGGCCGGAUCCGGCCUGCAGGGUGCUUAGAUCUGGCCCACAGGGCCACCCUGGAAACAGGGAAGGACUGGGCCAUGGUGUCUCUGCCAGUGAAAACGGAGUUUGGGAGAGCUACGUGCAGCCGCCUCGAGUGCCAUUUUUGUUGGCAGGAGGCCGUCCCAGCUGAAAACAGGGCCUGUGAGCAUUGUUUUUGCUGGCAGAGGACUGCAGGAGGCCGUCCAGGCUAAAAACAGGGCUCGUGGUAGAAGGCCACACCCAUCCCAUCCUGGCCACGCCCCCCACCCCAAGGUCAAACACAACCCUGAUACAGCACUCAAUGAAAUCGGUUAUCUCUGUUUCCAUUGUCUAACUGUGGCAGGUUUUUGGCAACCCAGAUGUCGCCUGUCUGGCACAGAAGAAAGCCAUCUGCAAGCCUGAAAUGCUGAGGUUUGCAGACUUGCAAAAAAUUAACAUAAAUGGAGCUCACUCUCCCCUCCCACCCACCCCAAAAAAGAGAGACCUAUAAGGUCUGAGGAUGUUCCAUAAACACUGGGAAGAUGGGUAGGAAGGAUAAUGUAAAUGGUGUACCCCAGUGGUGAAAAUUUCUUUCCCAAUGGUUCUGUGGGUGUGGCUUGGUGGGCGUGACUUGGUAGUGGUGGGAGUCAUGUGACUAGGUGGGCGUGGCUAUGAGACGGGGAUCAGAAGACAGAAACUCACUAACAAUGUCCCGCUGGAGCAGGGUUGGACUAGAUGACCUGCAGGUCCCUUCCAGCCCUGGAUUAUCCUCUGAAGCUGUGUCUAGUGCCAGGUUUGUAGUCCUUCCUUCCUCUCCU